GGGAAGUACUCCUCCCCAAACGGCCCACGCUCCGAGUCAUUCCCACGGUGCCCUAUAUAAACUCAUCCACUGCAUCCAUCCGUUCUCUUCGUAGAAAGAAAAACGAGUAACAAGAAAAAGAAAGCAAAACAAGCCAAAAGGAAAUAACCAAAUCCUCCGUGGGUCCUCCUCCAAGUCAUUCCUGUACUUGCAAUCUCCCAUUCUUUGUCUUGUCCUGUCCAGACCCUCUCCACCAACCCGUCUAGCCACUGCCAAACCCCAGGGGUUCGGAACCGCUUUUUCAACCAAUUCUUUUAUCCAGUUUCAUUUACCUACCUUUUUAUUUAUUUUUUAUUAUUAUUAUUGUUAUUUAUAAAAGAGUGGCCACCCCCCAACCCGCCAAGAUGGAUCCCUUGCAGGUACCCUUGUCCGACAGACCUCGGAAAAUGGAGAUCCCUAUCGACCCCGGUCGUCCCAUCAAACAUGUCAGCCGUAAAGAGCUGUAUACCAGUCUCGAGGCGCGCGUUCGAUAUCUUCGGGAGAUAGUCGAUUUCAAUUCUGCCGACAUCGAGGCCCUCACCACCGGGUCCAAGUACAUCAAAGCCCUGAUUCCCGCCGUCGUCAACAUCGUCUACAAGAAACUCCUCGACAAUGAUAUCACCGCCCGCGCCUUCCACACCCGCGACACCGCGGACGAGACCCCCAUCGAGGAGUUCUUCACUGAGCAAAGUCCCCAGAUCCAGCGCCGCAAGGUGUUUCUGCGCUGGUAUCUCGUCCGGAUCUGCUCCGAUCCUACCCAGAUGGAUUUCUGGCGCUAUCUGAACAAGGUUGGACAAAUGCAUUCCGGACAGGCUCGUAUGCACCCCCUCAACAUUGAAUAUAUCCACAUCGGCGCCCUCCUCGGCUUCAUCACCGAUAUCUUCAUCGAGGCCAUCAUGUCCCACCCGCAACUGUCACUGCAGCGUAAGGUCGCCCUCGUCCGCGCCUUCAACAAGGUCAUCUGGAUCCAGAACGACCUCUUCGCCAAGUGGCGCAUCCGCGACGGCGAGGAGUACGCCGACGAGAUGUCCGAGAUCAUCACCGACGACAAGGAAGGCUACAUCGGCGAGAAGAAGUUCCUCGGCGAUAGCAGCUCCUCCUCCGCUAGCUCCACCGACGGUGACAACUGCAGUAUCGCUAGCAGCACCGCCCCCUCUGCCCACUCUACUGCGGCGUCCGCCAAAUCCGCCUGUCCCUUUUCCGAGAUGAACAAGUCCAUGUCUGAGACGAAGAUCUGGGCUGGCAAAACACGGUGACCGGUAUCAUCGCUGCGCUGGAACGUCGACGUAUUUGCUUCGUUGUUCAUGUCCAACGAUUAAUAGUUUUUUUUCUCCUUCUUUAAUCCGACCUGGUCGUCUGGUCUUGUCCCAUUGCAUGGGUUUCUGUCACUGCAUGGAAGGUGUUUGGGGGAUUUGGGGAGUUUUUGUCCACGAUAUCCGUCACGGCCUGUCGCCUCUCAUUCCAGUCGGGCAAUUAGAUAGAUCGUUCAAUCAUUCUUUUUCUGAUAUUA